GCACCAAUACCAAGAACAGCGCCAACGUCAGCAAAUCUGUUUAAUUUUUAUGUAUUGCAGUUAAAACCAUUAACUAUAAGUGAAAUAUAGUAUUUCUCUGUUGCCAUGGCUAGCCCAAGGACGCGAAGAGUUCUUCAAGAAUUAAAACCUCAGGAUGAAAAUUCGAAAUGCUUUGAAUGCGGCACACACAAUCCCCAGUGGGUAUCAGUAACCUAUGGCAUUUGGAUAUGUUUGGAAUGCUCAGGAAAGCAUCGCAGCUUGGGCGUGCAUUUGUCGUUUGUACGCUCAGUUACUAUGGAUAAGUGGAAAGACAUUGAGUUGGAGAAAAUGAAAGUAGGCGGCAAUCGUAAUGCACGUGAAUUUUUUGAAGAUCAGCCAGAUUGGAAUGAUCGAGCGCCGAUUACGCAAAGAUAUAAUUCUAAAGCAGCUGCGUUGUAUCGGGACAAGAUAUCUACGUUGGCACAGGGCAAGAGCUGGAAACAGAAGGAUGCCGAGGAACGUUUGAGUAGUAGCUUAUCUUCUUACAGUUCUAGUGGUAUGUCGGGCGGCAAUGGCAACUUGCAAAAUACAACUGGAGGUGGCUAUCAAAACGGUGGUGCAAGUUUCAAUGAUGCAUCCGGUUACCAGCAAUUUCAAACACAAGAGUUCAAAGAUCAGAAAGAGGAGUUCUUCAGUCGUCGUCAAGUAGAAAAUGCUUCAAGACCUGAAAACUUACCACCAAAUCAGGGCGGCAAGUAUUCUGGGUUUGGCUUCACCCGCGAGCCACCUGCAAAAACCCAAUCUCAAGAGCUCAUUGAUUCCACUUUAACUACUUUGGCAUCUGGAUGGAAUUUAUUUUCCUCAAAUGCUUCCAAGCUGGCUAGCACAGCUAAGGAAAAGGCCGUGACAACAGUUAACUUGGCUUCCAAUAAGAUAAAAGAAGGCACAUUGCUAGAAUCUGUGCAAAGCGGUGUUACAGAUGUGGCCUGCAAGGUUACAGAUAUUGGAAAACGCGGAUGGGGCAAUUUAGCUGGAGGCUAUGGUAAUUCCUCCUCACAAUCUGGCUAUAACGAUCCUAGUAUGGAGGAUAGUGGCUAUCAGCGUUCUCAAUCAGUAGGCGGAAAUUUAGCUAGUGGUCUGGGUCAAAAAAGUAGAGUCAGUGAUGGAGACUGGGGUGGUUGGCAAGAUAAUGCAAGCAACAAAACACAUUUAACUAGCUCCAACUCUUAUCAUAACCAACUUACCAGCAGCAAUGCUGGCGGUGUUGCAAGUAAUGGACUUACCCACGAUGAUGAUUGGUCAGGGUUUGAAGCGGCCAACUACCAGAGUCCCGAAACAUCGUAUCAAAACACGCCCUCGACUGGACAGUCUUCACGAAAAUUGCAAGAAACAUCUGGAAAAUUAAGUGAGGGAUUUGACAACUUGGAUGUCAAGCAUGUGAAAUCUAAAUCUAGCACUUUAACGACUGGCCAGCCAAGUGCUGAGGAUGAUGCAUGGAAUUUAUUAAUGAAUUAAGACAUACAUAUUUCCACCUAUAACCAUGAAGCGAUCUGUUUGUUUAUUUAAUUUGUUAUCUGCAUGUACAUAUAUAUGUAUUGAGUCAAAUCUGUUUGAGCUUGCAUUUAAUGUAAUCAAAGGAUAUUGCGAUUAAAUUUCUAUAUAUAUAUA